AUGAUAGGAUUGGAUGCUGCAGGAAAAACAACUAUAUUAAACAGAUUAAAAUUAGGAAAAAUAGAAUACUAAAUCCCAACCAUAGGAUAUAAUUUAGAAACAAUUUAAAAUAAAAAGUUUGAAAUAAUUUCUUGGGAUAUUGGAGGUGCAGACAAAAUAAGAAUUCUAUGGAUAAAUUAUUUGUAGAAAAGUCAAGGAAUAAUUUAUGUUAUUGAUUGUUUUGAUAAAGAAAGAAUGGAUUAGGCAAAGACUGAAUUACAUAAAAUGUUGCUUGAACUUGUUGAAUAGCCCCUUUUAAUAUUUGCAAAUAAAUAAGACUUAGUAAAAAUGAACCCGGAAGAAUUAGUUGUUGAAUUAGCUAUGCAAAAUUAUUCUAAAAAUUGGCAUAUAUAACCAUGUUGCUCAAGUACUGGUGAAGGACUUUAAGAAGGGCUCAACUGGAUGGAAGAAUAGCUAUAAUUAUAGCUAAAAUGA